GAGGAGUCCGCGGUGGUGGCGGCGGUGGCGGCGCUGUUCCCCGCGCGGUCCGCGCAGCGGGCUCCGGGCUGCGUGUCUCGGGCGGCGGCGGCGGCAGUCCGACCCCGGCCCGAGCCCGACCCCGGGUCCCUUCCCCGGCCGCCCCCCGCCCACGGGCCGCCCCCCCGGGCCCGCCGUCCCCUCCCCCGCUGGCGGGGCCCGGACAGAAGAUGGUGCAGAAGAAAACAACCGAACUUCAGGGCUUCCACCGUUCGUUCAAGGGGCAGAAUCCUUUCGAGCUGGCCUUCUCCUUAGACCAGACCCAUCACGGGGAGCCCGAUUUCAGCCUGGAGCGCCCUGCCCGCCCUGAUAUGCCCGCGAGCCAGCCCAUCGACAUCCCGGACGCCAAGAAGAGGGGCAAGAAGAAGAAGCGGUGCCGGGCCACGGACAGCUUCUCCGGCAGGUUCGAGGACGUCUACCAGCUACAGGAGGACGUGCUCGGGGAGGGCGCCCACGCCCGAGUGCAGACCUGUGUCAAUCUCAUCACUAACCAGGAGUACGCGGUCAAGAUCAUCGAGAAGCAGCCGGGCCACAUUCGGAGUCGGGUUUUCCGGGAGGUGGAGACACUGUACCAGUGCCAGGGACACAGGAACGUUCUAGAGCUGAUAGAGUUCUUUGAGGAGGAGGAUCGCUUCUACCUGGUGUUUGAGAAGAUGCGGGGCGGCUCCAUCCUGAGCCACAUCCACAAGCGGCGGCACUUCAACGAGCUGGAGGCCAGCGUGGUGGUGCAGGACGUGGCCAGUGCCCUGGACUUCCUGCACAACAAAGGCAUCGCCCACAGGGACCUAAAGCCAGAAAACAUCCUGUGCGAGCACCCCAACCAGGUCUCACCCGUCAAGAUCUGCGACUUCGACCUGGGCAGCGGCAUCAAACUCAACGGGGACUGCUCCCCCAUCUCCACUCCGGAGCUGCUCACCCCGUGCGGCUCGGCGGAGUACAUGGCCCCCGAGGUGGUGGAGGCCUUCAGUGAGGAAGCCAGCAUCUACGACAAGCGCUGCGACCUCUGGAGCCUGGGGGUCAUUCUCUACAUCCUGCUCAGCGGCUACCCGCCCUUUGUGGGCCACUGCGGCAGCGACUGCGGCUGGGACCGCGGCGAGGCCUGCCCGGCCUGCCAGAACAUGCUGUUUGAGAGCAUCCAGGAGGGCAAGUAUGAGUUUCCCGAGAAGGACUGGGCCCACAUCUCCUUUGCUGCCAAAGACCUCAUCUCAAAGCUGCUUGUCCGCGACGCCAAGCAGAGGCUGAGCGCCGCCCAGGUUCUGCAGCACCCUUGGGUGCAGGGGUGCGCUCCGGAGAACACACUGCCCACACCUAUGGUCCUGCAGAGGAACAGCUGUGCCAAAGAGCUCACGUCGUUCGCAGCCGAGGCCAUCGCGGUGAACCGGCAGCUGGCCCAGCGCGAGGAGGAUGCGGCGGCGGAGGAGGGGCAGGGCCCGCCCGUGCUCAUCCGCGCGGUCUCCCGCUGCCUGCAGCUGUCCCCGCCUGCGCAGAGCAAGCUGGCCCAGCGGCGGCAGCGCGCCAGCCUGUCCGCGGCCCCCGUGGUCCUGGUGGGCGACCACGUGUGACCCCUCUCCCCUGUACAUAGGUCACUCCCGCCCCCCCGCCCCCGCCCUAUCACAUCUGAAGAGGUUUUUUUAAGCUGUUUCCAGCCGGUGACCGGCAGGCUGCCCUCCCCUGGCUGGGCUCCCAGGCGCUGAGCUCAGUCCGGGGGUCUUUUUAUAUGAGGUUUUUGCUGUUGGGUUUUUUUCUCCUUUUUUCUGCCCCACCCCCAUCUCUCCCCCCCUUUAAAGGUGUUAAAAGCAAAGCAGGCGCCUGGGAGAGGAUAGGGGAGGCUGCGUGUGGCUGGGCUUGCUGGUCCCUGCUGCCCCGGCCCCGAGGCUCGCCCGUACUGUGAAAGGUCCCCGCCCGCCCACCCG